UCUCUACCAAUGAUAAGGACGAUAUCUCAACUGGAAGUGCUACGCCUCUGAUCAAAAUUUCCGAUGUAACAGCGCAGUUUUGAAGCAGCGUCUGUCCAAUGCAGAACUUUGUGCGACAUCCAGGAGUACACUUUCAGCCCAGCACAGUAAUGUCAGGAUACAAAUGGGUAAGGUAUACAGGAGGGCGUUACACGACGCCCGGGAUGAUUAGCGUUGGUCGAGAUAAGGAUGGCUCUAAUCUAGUUGUCGGCAGAGCCUAUCACCAGGGAGACUUACUUCCGGCGAAAGUCAAACCGGAACAUGGUGUAGCGUAUAUCAGUCACAAUAUGCAGGAAAUAAUCAAGCACGACUUUGAGAUAUUGAUGCCGUUGGAAUUUACCUGGGUUAAUGCUCGAAAUGGGCAAAUACCUGCUGGCGCAGUACCCGGCGGGUAUACAAGAAGCGGGGAGCAACUUUAUAUAGGAAAGGUCUUUCACGAUGGGGUGCCUGUAGUAGGAAAGGUACAUCCUAGUCAUGGUGUAUUGUACAUACCUUAUGGGAAUCAGGAAGUACCUUACAGAGAAUAUCAAGUGCUGACACAGUCUUAAUUUAUAUAACGUCUAUUAUAUGUUUUUCAGGAAAUCUGGUUAAUAGAUUGUUUUGCUCUCGUUUGCAAUGUAUAGUUAAUUUAUCCAUUCUUGUGUAUAUCACUGUUGAUUAUACAUUUAAAAAUUUCACUUCAACAGUACCGCGUGGCAAAUAUUCGGCAAGUAAAUAAAAAGUUCGUUAAUUGAAAAGCAA